CAACGAGUGACAGUGUUAAUCGAAUGCCGAUGCUAAAUCCUGUGUGUCCUCUACACUCGACUAUGCAUGUCUCUCAGAGAUUGGACGUCACUGGCCUCGGAGCUUGAGUCAAACAAAAUAGCAAACAAGGUCAAAGGACAUUUCUAUGUCUGCCACAGUCUGGUGGAAAGAUGGAAAACACAGGCUAUUGCAGCGAUAGCUUCAACAGCCUGCAGAGCGGAACCAGCGAUGAGGACAUGGUGGAAAUCGCUGGAGCCACACUGGACUUCUCCAGCACAGAUGACGUGCCCCCUCUGGACCGGGACUUUGGCUCUGGUGCUUCAUAUGGAGGUGGAGAUGGACCCAAUGGGGUUCCUAAACUGAUGGAUUUGCUAGAUGAGCCAGUGCCUGGGGUGGGAACUUAUGAAGACUUCAACACAAUCGAUUGGGUCAGGGAGAAAUCCAAGGAUCGGGAUCGCCACAGAGAGAUUGCUACUAAAAGUAAAGAGUCUACAUGGGCUCUGAUGAAGAGCAUCAGUGAUGCCUUCUCUGGCUGGCUUCUCAUGCUGCUUGUGGGACUGAUGUCAGGUGCCCUGGCUGGUGGGAUUGACAUCUCUGCUCACUGGAUGACCGACCUGAAGGAGGGUGUGUGUCUGAGUGGCUUCUGGUUCAACCACGAGCACUGCUGCUGGAACUCUAACGAGACUACUUUCCAGGAGAGAGACAAGUGCCCUAACUGGAAAAGCUGGGCUGAGCUCAUUGUCGGCACCAAUGACGGCCCUUUUGCCUACAUUAUGAAUUACCUGAUGUAUGUCUGCUGGGCACUGCUCUUCUCCUUCUUGGCUGUGUCUUUAGUCAGAGCCUUUGCUCCAUAUGCCUGUGGCUCUGGAAUACCUGAGAUCAAGACCAUCCUGAGUGGAUUUAUCAUCCGUGGCUACCUGGGCAAAUGGACUCUUAUGAUUAAAACCAUCACCCUGGUGCUGGCUGUAUCAUCUGGUCUCAGUUUGGGCAAAGAGGGGCCUCUGGUCCACGUGGCAUGUUGCUGUGCCAAUAUUCUAUGCCACCUGUUCACCAAGUAUCGCAAAAAUGAAGCAAAGAGACGAGAGGUAUUGUCAGCUGCAGCAGCUGUUGGUGUGUCAGUAGCUUUUGGGGCUCCCAUCGGUGGAGUUCUUUUCAGUCUAGAGGAGGUGAGUUACUACUUCCCUCUGAAGACACUCUGGCGCUCUUUCUUUGCUGCAUUGGUGGCUGCCUUCACUCUUCGCUCUAUCAACCCAUUUGGUAACAGCAGGCUGGUGCUGUUCUAUGUAGAGUUUCACUCACCAUGGCACUUGCUGGAGCUCAUACCCUUCAUCCUGUUGGGUAUUUUUGGGGGAAUCUGGGGAGCGUUCUUCAUCCGUGCCAACAUUGCCUGGUGUCGCCAGCGUAAGACCACACGGCUAGGACACUACCCUGUGCUGGAGGUGCUGGUUGUAACAGCAGUCACAGCCCUGCUGGCGUUCCCCAACAGCUACACUCGAAUGAGCACCAGUGAGCUUAUCUCAGAAUUAUUCAACGAUUGCGGCCUCUUGGAUUCCUCACAGCUCUGCAACUACACUAAUGUAAGCGUUACCAAGAUCAACAGCAAUGCUCUGCCCGACAGGCCAGCGGGAUAUGAUGUCUACACAGCCAUGUGGCAGCUGUCACUGGCCCUGAUCUUCAAGAUACUCAUCACUGUGGUGACAUUCGGCAUGAAGGUGCCCUCUGGUCUCUUUAUCCCCAGUAUGGCUGUGGGUGCGAUUGCAGGCAGGCUGCUUGGUGUGGGCAUGGAGCAACUGGCAUAUUACCAUCAUGACUGGGUAAUCUUCAGAGGCUGGUGCUCACCUGGAGCAGACUGCAUUACCCCAGGCCUCUAUGCUAUGGUGGGUGCCACUGCCUGCUUAGGUGGCGUGACUCGUAUGACUGUCUCUCUAGUGGUCAUCAUGUUUGAACUUACUGGUGGUCUGGAAUACAUUGUGCCUCUGAUGGCUGCCACCAUGACUAGUAAAUGGGUGGCAGAUGCUCUGGGUCGAGAGGGCAUCUAUGAAGCCCACAUCCGUCUCAAUGGAUACCCCUUCUUGGAGUCAAAGGAGGAGUUCAGCCACAAGACUCUGGCCAUGGAUGUGAUGCGACCUCGGCGAAGUGACCCCCCGCUCUCCGUGGUGACUCAAGAUGGGAUGAGUGUGGAGGAAGUCGAGUCACUCAUUGCAGAAACGUCAUACAGCGGCUUCCCCGUGGUUGUCUCACAUGAGUCUCAGAGACUUGUGGGCUUUGUGCUGCGAAGAGAUCUGAUCAUCUCCAUUGAGAAUGCUCGUCAGCGGCAGGAAGGUGUGGUUAGCGCCUCUCAAAUUUUUUUCACCGAAUACACGCCUCCACAACCACCCAACAGUCCUCCCCCACUGAAGCUUCGUGGUAUCAUGGACCUCAGCCCAUUCACCGUAACUGAUCACACUGCCAUGGAUAUUGUGGUGGACAUCUUCCGCAAGCUGGGCCUGCGCCAAUGUCUUGUCACUCACAACGGGCGUUUAUUGGGCAUCAUCACCAAAAAGGACAUUCUCAAACAUAUGGCCCAGAUGGCCAACCGAGACCCUGACUCUAUUCUCUUCAACUGAAGUGCUAAACUGGCUUUUAUAAAACACCAGCCAGUUUGAAAUGACCCAUUGGUCAGAAAACACCAGUCUGGCCAAAUUAUUUGCACUAUAGAACUGCCAGUACUGGAUUAGAAUCCAUUCACACUGUGAAAACCAUUUCGUAGAGCCUCAUUGGUGCAGGCAUUACAACUACGGGAUGGAGAACUUACAGAAACACAUUCUAUGCACUCCAGCAUAUAGCUUUAGAGGUGGAACUGAAUUGAAACUGAAGGCAAAAAGUAUUGGUCUUUGUAAGAAGCCAUCCUAUCAUAACAUAUCAAGACUAUCUCAAUAGUUACCACACAGGCAAGAGAUGACAGGGAAAACCAAGUAUGCUCAAGACUCAAGAUUACAAUCGCAAUCAUACAUUUUUUAUAUAAUAAAUCUGUUAUUAUUCCUGCAAAAUAUGGACAUUCACCUACAACCCUGAUUCCGAUAAAUUUGGGACAGUAUGAAAAUUCUAUUAACAACAAAAAUUAGUGAUUUGUAAAUGAUAUUCACCCUUUGCUAUAUUAAAAGCUCUACAACAACACAUUAUAUGAUGUUUUUCCCUAUGAAGUAUUUUUAAUGUACAGUAAUUUAAAAUCAGAUGAUUAUAACACACUCCAAAAAGGUUGGGACAGUUGAGUGUUUACCAUUGUGAAACAUCACAAUUUCUUCAAAUAACACAUAUUAAGCAUUUUGGCGCUGAAGAAAGAAGUUUGUUUGGUUUAAAAAGUGGAAUUGUUCCCCAUUCAUCCAUUAUGUUGGUCUUUGGCUGCACAAUUGUACAGGGUCUUCGUUGCCAUCUAAUCCGCUUUAUAAUGCACCACACAUUCUCAAUUGGAGACAGGUCAGGACUGCAGGCAGGCCAUUCUUGCACCCACACUCUCUGCACAGCUAUGCACUUGUAAUCUGGGCAGUAUGUGGUCUGGAGUUGUCCUGCUGGAAAAUGCAGGGAUGUCCCUGGAAAAGACUGUGCUGGAUGGAACUAUAUGUUGCUCCAAAAUUUGUACAUAUCCGUCUGCAUUCAUGGUGUUCUCACAGAUGUGCAAGUUACCCAUACCAUGGGCACUGACACACCCUUGGCCCACAGACACUGGCUUUUGGACCUGAUGCUAAUAACAGCUUGGAUGGUCGUUUUCCUCUUUGGCCCAGAGAACACUGGCUGUAUUUAAAACAAAAAUAAUAAAAAUUAAAAAAAAAUUGAAAUGUGGACUCGUCAGACCAAAAAACACUGUUCUACCUUCCAUCUAACGAUGAGAUCGAGCCCAGAGAAGUCGGCAGGGCUUCUGCUUUGCAUAGUAAAGUCAUAACUUGCAUCUGUGGAUUCAGCGGCGAGUGGUGUUGACUAACAAAGGUUUACUAAAGUUAUCCCAAGCCCAUGUUCAUGAUAUCCAUUACAGAUGAAUGAUGUCUUUUUAAGACAGUGAUGUCAGAGGGAGAAGUGGUUUUCUUGCCCUUUACUCCCUGAGAUUUGACUAGAUUCCUUGAAUCUUUUAACUAUAUUGUGCACUGUAGAGGGUGAAAUGCCCAAAAUCUUUGGGGAACAUUGUUCUCAAAGUGCCAGAUUAUUUGUUGAAGCAUCAGUUGGAAAAUUGACAAGCCUUGAAUGAUCCUUGCUCUUGAAGGUCUAGGCUGUUUUUGGUGGCCCCUUAUACAGUAUUAUGACACAAUUGCCUUACCUGUUUAACAUCUCCUGAUUCACCUUAUUUUAACUCGUUUCAAAUUGUUAUUAGUUAUUAUUAUGGAGUGUGUUACAAUCAUCUUAUUCGAAAUUGCUGAACAUAAAAAAAAACAA